CCCCUCCCUCAUUGGCAGAUAGGUCUCGUGUACGCUGCCGACCUGCUGCUGACAUUUAAGUCGCAGCUGCUUUCAGGAAGUCAAAAAUAAUAAGAAAAAAAAUAUUAGGAGAAAUUACAAAGACAAAGGUCCACGUACUUUGUGGUAAUUGCUUUACUAGCUGGUGAUGCUCUCACUCGUUGAGGUGGACAAUGUGAGACUGUGGAGACUGGAUUUUAAAUUAUGAGGAUUUUUCUUUCUCUCUGAAGAACAUUUUCUGACCAGCAGACUGAAGUUGUAACAUCUGUGGAACGUGUUCCACUCCUUGGCAGGAAGACAGAUUUUCUUCUUCAAACACACAACUCUGAACGAAAACAGGUGAACUUCCAAAACCAGACAGCGGCUGAACUCUGAGGACAUGAUGAACGUCACACCCACAGCAAUUUUAGCCACGACAAAUGCUACACAUAAACCAUGUGUUGAUAUCGAGCCGAGUCCUGUCAGCGACUUCCUGAUGGCUGUUUACAUCCUGGCUUUUGUCUUUGGCUUGACUUUCAAUGUGCUGACUUUGUACCCAAUAUACAAGCAAGUAAAGCAGCAGAACGUUUUGGGGAUCUUCCUGCUCAACCUGUCAAUAUCAGACUUGCUAUUCAUCUUCACCAUGCCGCUUUGGAUAAAUUAUUACCGACGGAACCAUCGAUGGGGACUAGGUGUGGAGACCUGCAAUGUAGCAGGAUUCUUCUACUACUCCAACAUGUACAUCAGCAUGUAUCUGCUGUGUUGUAUCUCUGUGGACCGCUGCCUGGUGGUCUGUUACCCAUUCCGCUUCAAGCCCCACCGUACAUCUCGAUACGCAUGGGUCCAGUGUGCCGUAGUUUAUGCUUUGGUUAUGAUCACACACAUAUACAUUCUGCAAAAUGACGAAUUAACAGAUGCUCAUGAUGACACAUACAGCAGUGACCGUUGUUAUGAGACCUACCCAAUUAAGCGUAAUGUGGCCAUGUUUAAUAUGAUCAGAGUGGGAUUAGGCUUCAUACUACCACUGCUCGUGUUGGGAGUGAGCUACUGGAAGGUGCUGGCCACUGUGGGGAAAAGUCCCGCCCUGAGUGCCUCAGCUAAGAGGAAAGUUUGUCUGCUAUCCUAUGGAGUAAUUGGCAUCUUCUCAGUUUGUUUUGCUCCCUAUCACAUCCUCCUCUUUGUGCGCUCACAUGUCAGAUUCUUCAACACAGAAGAAGUUCACUGUGAUUUUGAACGUAAGAUGCACUUCCCCUUCUCCAGCACUCUGGCACUGUCCAGCCUGAACUGUGUCGUGGAUCCUGUGCUCUAUGUUCUGGUCAGUAAUAGUGUAAGAGAUGAACUGAAAUUUUGCUGUAGAAGUGAUGAACAGAAAGGGAUGGAGGACUGCAGGCUGACUUCGGGUAAAAAAGAAACAUCUAAAGAGAGUGCUUUGAUAUGAAGGGUAGACGGACUGUGAUGUAUUAUUUGUUUGUAUGUACAAUAUGUAUUAGCCCUUACGGCCUCAAUUACAGAGUAACUUAAAACUGCUCAUUCCUGUGAUACAGAUGGGAGUUGUGAUGUAAAGAAAUAAGAUUGUAUCAGAUGUUUUCAGAAACAUGUUCCCUCUUCUAUGUGACAUGUGAACCAGUUUAAUUCAACUGAAAAGCUGAAAAACCUGCAAAGGGGAAAACACAAAAAGAUAAAAUAGCACCAAUAACCAUAUACAGUAAGUGCACAUACGCUUACACUUGUUAUUUCAAGUGUUUUAGUGUGCAUAAUAACAUACUAAAAAGUGUUAUUAUGCGCCUUUUAGUGUACAUUUAAUCUGCCUCUACAUCUAUUAUCAAUUGUAGCUAAACUGAUUAACCUGAAGCUCAGAAAUUGUAGCUUUACUUUUCUUGUUUUGCUUCAGAACUGAUUAGCAGGCUUCCCCGAGGAAUCUAUUCUAGUAUCGUGACUCCAGGUUUAGUACAGUUUUUCACUUGAAACCAGAAUUAAAAUCUGAGACAAAAUCUGCUGGAUUAUCUGGGAGGGUUGUGAAAAAGGUCUGGUAGAUUCUGAGAUUUUCAGGCAGAGUAAGCAAAUAUUGGUUUGACAAGGAGUGUUAAGUCUCAAUGCUGUUAUUGAAUCAAAAGUUGUUUUUUUAAUGUGUUAUUUAUUUUGCAUACACAUGCAAACCACACCAGGCUGGUAUUAGUAUGUCAGUUUAGUAUUUUUGCCCAAGUAAAAGUUUUUUUUUUUUACUUAAACUGAAAAAGUUGAACUUGAUAAAUGUGACAGUGCAUUUGAAAAAAAGUUUGGAAAUGUUUCACUUACUAACUUCAAAAAUGUCCUGAACUUUUACCGAAUGUGUGGACGUCUAGGCGUCUGUUUCUCCCGCUCUGCACAGUAUGCAUAGAGGAAGAAGGCUGUGAGAUGUUUGUGUCGCAUUGUAGUCUUUUGGCUUAAUUGCUCCUGAGGCUUCUCUAAGUGGCAGACAAUUUUUGUUACACACUUACAUUGAACCAGCCUUUUUACUUUAUUUUCAUUCUGUGCACAUUGCAUAUGUGUACCAUGCAAUUCUUGAAGUGUAAAUAAAAGCAUGCAUGCAAUUUCCACCACAAAUUAAUAUCAAAACUCUUAAACUUUGGAGACCUGUUGCUGUGGAACCCCACACCCUCCAAAAACCCCUCUGGUUUGAACAAGUGCACAGUGUUGAGGUUGUUCAGUUUUUGCAGCUGGCAUUUUAAUAAUUGUCAAAUGAAGGUGAAAAACACUGCAAAGCCCAUAUGUCCAAGUACAUAGUCAUUAUUUUGCGCAUAAAGAUAAUCAUAAAUCCAGCACAGCUGUGCCACUGUGUGCCGCGCGUUUGUCAAGUAGGCGAGAAAAGUAAUCAGGAAGCAUGAGUGCAUCUGAGUGUGAAUGAGGCAUAAUUUUAUUCCCAUUUGAGCUGAUCAUUUGAAAAGAAGCAUGGUACAAAAAAAGGAAGAGAGGGAAGAAAGGAAGAAAUAAGGAAAAGAAAGCAAAAAAGUAAGAAAUAAAGUUUAUGGACUUAUCAACUUUUGGCCCUGUAUUAAUGGUAGCUAUUUCAGAAAUUCUUCCAAGUUUAAAUGUUGCAUGUUGACCAGGAUACAAGAGAAAGGCUGAGACAAACUCACAUAAACAAACGUAACCUGUUUGUGGGAUACAAUACUCAGCAUAACUAAUCAAACUUAAACAUACCGCAGACUUGUAUUUAUAUACGUGUCACUUGGGGUUUAUUGCCUCUUCCUUUCUGGCUUCCAAGGUGUUUGUUAAACCUUGCCGUCUAACCUAUGUGUGAAAAACAGUUUUUUGACCAUUUCCUCUUGCAGAAUGCAUGCAUUUAAAACUAUACUUCUGUGAAGAAGGUGUUUGUAAUGCACUUCCUUGACAUGCCAUUAGUGAUAAAGGCAUGUCACUGUCAACAAAUAAGACCUUUGUUAAGAGUUUACAUUUGUAGCCCUAGGUAACUUGAAUGUUAUAUAAGAAGUGAACAUAAUAAAUCUUCCACAGGCUGAGUUUGAUGUGAGGUCAGAUGUGCUCAUUUGAAUUUUCUCUCUGAGGAAUAUAACACAUACAUUAUCAUCUGUGUAAGCUUUUAUUCAAUUAUGAAAUGUAACCAGUUAGAGUAUAAAAAUUAAAUCAGAUCAAGAGACGAGACUUUUUCUGAACACGUUGUAUUCUAGAGGACCUUGUUGUUAAAAGAUUUUAUGUAUUCUUGCGUCGUGUUCUUUUGUUGUAAAGAGCGUCGCUAAGAAAUAAAAUGCAUUAUUAUCAAUGUAAAUGUGGAAGAGUUUUAAAGUAGAGAAGAAGAAGCAGAAGAAGAAGAAGAAAUUGUGCUCACCACAUCUAGAUGCCUGUGUGCAUUUUGCUGUUGCCAUGACAAUAUUUGUAUUAGCAAGAAAUUAAACAACCGUUCCUGUCUGGGAAGUUGGCUGGUGACAGUAAAUUUGCUCAGUUUCAGUUCACAAAAUUUGCGUGUUAAUUGACUCUUUCCCAUCACGUCUUUGGUUAUUAGAAUUUCACAAUAUCUCUUGUCAAUGUAAUGUCUGAGGAGUCUGUCAUUUUAGUUGCUAUCAGCAGUAAGUGUAAGCUAUUAUUAUGAGCCCCAGACAUACAGAAGAAUGCAUGUGACGCCUUCCCGCACAGAUCUGCUCAAUUAUGCUUCACAGCUCAGUCUCUCCUGUUGACUUGGAUUCCUCCGGUAGAUUUUCUACCGGGCCAGUCAACAAAGAGACGGAGACGUUUUGAAUGAUGGCAUUGAUUUUCGCCGCUGUUUUAAAAUUGUAGUCUCUGCCUGUAGUUCUAACAAUGACAGCGAAGAAAGUGAAUGAAGCUUUUACAAUCCGUGUUUCAAAAAUUGAAUUAACAUUAACAGCCCCCUGGACAGAAAACAGAAAAAGUUGCUUUGUUUUAUUUUAUUUGUUCAUUUUUGGCUUCCAAUCUCUGUAAGUCAUGAAUCAUGUCAGCUUUGGAGAUAAUAGACUUCAGUUAGAGUCUAUGUUCCUUGGGAUACACAUAAGGAUGCUGCUAUUUUCUCGAUACAGUCAAUACUAAAGUAAAAUGCUCUAAAUGUUCCUACUAUAAAUAUUUAAAGGUCAGUCAUGACAGGAGUGACAGCAAAGUUAUUUUAAUGUUAUUCUUAAAGAGAAAUCAGUGUCAGCACUUUUCAAGUGCCAGAGAUAAAUACCGGGCUGUUCCUGAUCUCUGAUUAGCACAUCUUUGGUGUGAAGAAUCAUGAUAUGUCUUUGUAUGAACUGCUAUGACAUUAUCAUGAGUAAAGUUGUUUAAAGAUGGCGCAUACCUCUUUUUCAAUGGCCCAUGGUGAGGCGUUCAGUGUGGAAAAACUGAACCGAGGCCAUUUGUGCAUGUUAAAACAAUCAACUGUGCUGUACGGAUGGCUUACACAUGAUCUUUUUCACACUUUGCACCCAAACCAGACAUACUCUCAUGGUUUGGGUGGCCUAUUUAAGAUGCAAACCCUCCAGCUGCACUCUAAAUUUUCUGCCUUCCUGCCUUCUGCUGCCAGCUUGUGCUUCUCCACCACCUGAUCACCCAAUUGGGGACGGAGUUCAGAGUAUCUUUGCUAAGUUCCUGACAUAAGGCAGACAAGCUAAGGGGAGUGGAGAUAUACUAGACUCUCCACAACAUGUUGACCAGCCUGAUCUUGAAUUAAUGAGAUUCGAGCUCUAAACUUAAUAAAAGGUAAUAAAAACGUAUUUGAACCUUUA